UUGGGUUCUAAAGAAACAGUUUGCAGCGAUUACCAUAAAACACAAUUCACCAUCGUUUGCCAAGUCACUUUUCGAAGACAACUCUUAACCUUAUACGGGCAAUCGAGAAACAAACUCGUCACUUGGUCAACAGCAUCUGUUACAUGCUAGCAGCAACAUGAAAAUCCUUAGCAUCUUCGUAGCUUGUGCCUCCGCCCAGGACUACACUGGUUUCUACGGCCAUCCUGCCACCAGCCAGUACCACGCUCAAGAUCUGCUGGGACAGCCCUCUUAUGGCUAUGCUUACACCGAACAGGCUGUUUCCAACUACCGUGAAAUUUUCGGCCACCAAGUGGGUUCUUACCCUUACAUGGGACUCAAAGGAGAAGUUCGUGUCAACUACGUCGCCGAUGCCGUUAAUGGUUUCCACCUUGUGUCCAACAACUUGCCUGUGGCUCCCGAAGAUACCCCUGAAGCAGCUGCUGUCAAGAUUGACCACGCGAAACUCGUCAAAGAGGCCGCAACCAAGGAUGCUGCCGAACCCGCCGCUAGCCACACUAAGCACCAGGUUCCUUUCUACCCUUCUGCUCUGCCUUAUGCUCUUCCCUACACAGCCGCUUAUUAUUUUAACUACGUUGCUCUCGCUCCCUUGGCUGCAAAGACUGCCUUGAAGAAUUUCACUGCCGAGGCUGAUCCUCCACCUAAUAUCACAAAAUUUGACCUCAAAGAAAAGAGCUUCGAUGUUGUCACCCCUGUGGCCUACCUCUACGCCCUUUAUGGUUACACUUAUCCUUUCGCUGCCCCUUUCGCUACCCCCACUGCUGUUGAGAGCUCUCGCAAGAAGCGCCAGGUUAUCGCUGUCCCCGCACCUGACCAGCAAUUCCUCGAUGACCUCAAGUACAAGAGUGUCGAUUUGAACCAGAACGGUCAACCUGACCAGGCUGUUGUUCCAGUCACACCCGUUCUUAAGACCUAUCCUUAUUAUCCCUAUGCUACCCUCCCUUACUCUAGGUACUACACAACUUACCCAACUGCUUUCCCUUUCUAUGGUUACUAAUACCGAAACACUCUUGAGCUAACAUACGACUCCUUGUUGAUUCGUUUUCCAACCCUUUCAAUCGUUUAUUGUUAUUGCUCUUGGUAUAAUGUGAGAUGGUAUUGGAGAUUGGUUUGGCAGGAAUUACAUUUUAAAUUUUGUUUUCUGGAA